GUAGUUUAUCAGAGUGCAAAAAGUAGGUCACACUUCACGUGUUUGGAUCACACAUAGCAAGUCUCAGAGGGAGUUACGGGUUUGUUGUGAAAAGAAAUCACCAGUAUGCCGAAGUACAAGCUGAUUUACUUCAAUGCCCGUGGGUUUGGAGAGAUGGCCCGUAUGGUGUUUGCCCAGGCCGGGGUAGAAUAUGAGGACAUCCGUUUUGAACGUGAUGAAUGGCCAAAGUAUAAAUCAAACACACCAUUCGGACAGGCCCCGGUUCUUGAAGUCGAUGGUGUCCAGAUAGCUGACAGUGCCGCCAUUGCAAGGUAUCUGGCCAGGGAGUUUGGCCUGGCUGGGAAAACUCGGCUGGAGGAAGCUCAGGUAGAUAUGUUUGCGGGCGCGGCUUAUGAUCUGGCAAAGCCCAUGAUUGAAAUCUUUCAUGCUGAAGGAGAAAAAAAGGCAGAGUUGGUUAAAAAGUUUCAAGAAGAAACAGCCCCCAAAUUUUUGGGCAAGUUCGAGUCGACCAUUGCAGAGAACAAGAGUGGCUUUUUGGUCGGAGACGGGGUGACUUGGGCGGACUUCACCCUCAUGCAUUUCAUGGACUGGAUUUGGGGUCAGCUCCCUGAGGAUUUCGCCACCAAGUAUUGGCAUGUGAUGGAACACGGCAAGCGAGUGCAAUCUUUACCCAAAAUAGCCGCAUGGAUUGCCAAGCGUCCGGUGACGAGUACAUGACUGUACACAAAUGUCUACUUCAUUUCUUUUUCCCUUUUCCAUGGAACUUUAGGCCUUGUGUUAUAAUAGAACUUCAUAAAUAUUUUCUGUGAUAUAGUGAAUAGACAGCUUGAAGAACAAUUAUUUUGUUUACUCUAUUAUAAUCAGAUCAUGUUGUACUUUUACACCGUCAUUUAAGAUGUUUAACAUACUCGUACUUGUCACGCUUUAAGCUAUUUGUCCGCCUGGGCUGCCUGGCACAUAAGUAAAUAAAUUGUAACACGAC